AUGGACAAGCAAGGGCCAGCAGUAAAGCAUACCCCGAUCAAGUUCUCGAGCUGCCGCGGCGUCGCGUUUGAGAUCAAGCCCUCUCAAGUCAGCCCCUUCGCUCUCGACGCCGCCGGUGCUGCUGAGCAGCCGCCGAAUGACUCCAACGGCGGCCGGUGGGUCUGGUUCCCUCAGCCUAUGAACCGCGAACACUCCUCCGCGACCUUGCGUUCGGCGCUCAGCCGGGGAACAAGCAGCCACUUCUGCGACCUCGAUGACAGCGAUGACGAAGACGCGGACGACGAUGAAUCCGUCGCGGCCGACGAGAUCCACGACGACGAGGAGAUGGCCUUGGCAACGGCAGCACCCGACGUUUCAAACGUGCGGAGCCGGAGCAGGAGGUCUCUCUCGUCGUCUGCUAAGCCUGUCAGGGCGGCGGCGGCGAAAGGGCACUCCCGGCUCGGCGUCAUACUGCUCGACCAGGGCCUGUUCACCGUGUACAAGCGUCUCUUCAUGAUCUGCGUCGCGCUGAACGCGGCGGGGCUCGCUGCAGCGGCCACCGGCCACUUCCCUUACGCCAAGGGUCACGCCGCCCUCUUUGCCAUGGGGAACAUCCUCGCUCUCACGAUGUGCCGCUCCGAGGCGGUGCUGCGAGCUGUCUUCUGGCUCACUGUCGCGCUCCUCGGGCGGCCAUGGGUGCCUGUCACCAUAAAGACAGGCGUUACGGCGAUCCUCCAGUCUCUCGGCGGCAUCCACAGCGGCUGCGGCGUGUCGUCGCUGGCGUGGCUGGUGUACGCACUCGUGCGGGCGCUCAAGGAUAGCCACGUGACGCCCCGUGAGAUCGUGGGCGUGUCGUCCGCCAUACUAGCGCUCCUCGCGCUCUCGUGCCUCGCCGCGUUCCCGCUCGUUCGCCACCUCCACCACAACGUGUUCGAGCGCACGCACCGUUUCGCUGGAUGGACAGCGCUCGCGCUGCUCUGGGUCUUCGUCGUGCUAUCCGCCGGCUACGACUCGUUGACCAGAUCCUACUCUGGUCUCACAGUCGCCUCCCUCGUUAAGAGCCAGGAGCUAUGGCUCACGGCCGUCAUCACCUUCUUAACCAUCCUCCCGUGGUUCGCCGUGCGGCGCGUGCCGGUCACGGUCACCGCGCCCUCCACACACGCGUCCAUCAUAACCUUCCAGGGUGGUGUCAAGGCCGGCCUGCUCGGACGCAUUAGCCGCUCCCCGCUCUCCGAGUGGCACGCCUUCGGCAUCAUCUCCGACGACAGGGACACGCACUCCAUGCUCGCCGGCGCGGUCGGCGACUUCACCCGAGGCCUCGUCUCGGACCCGCCCAGCCACCUCUGGGUGCGCAAAGUCCACUUCGCUGGCUUGCCCUACCUUAUCAGCAUGUACCGGAGAGUCACAAUGGUCGCCACGGGCUCCGGCAUAUGCGUGUUCCUGUCGUUCCUGAUGCAACCAAGCUCCGCAGAGGUGUCUUUGGUGUGGGUGGCCAAGGGGAUCGAUGCCAACUACGGCGAAGGAAUGAGUGCGAUGGUGGCGAACAGCAAGAUCCUUGCAGGGCGUGUGAUCGUGCACGACACCGCUACGAUGGGGCGGCCGAACGUCUCGGAGCUAGCCGUGGGCGCAGCGCGACGAUGGAACGCGGAUGCGGUGAUAGUAACCAGCAACCCGGAGGGAAGCAGGGACGUCGUAAGCGGCUGCAAGAAGGCCGGUAUCCCGGCAUUUGGGCCUAUCUGGGAUUCUUGA